AUCUCCCUAAACCUAGUGAGCUGCGUGAACUGCAGUAUAACCUCUCCUGCACUACUUCCGGUUAAUGUCGAUAAGUAGGAAAUAGCGCUGUCGCCAUUUUGAUGUUCUUUACCAGAGAGGACUCGUAGGCUCCACCAUGAGUUCUUUAAAGCUGCAAAAGAGGCUGGCUGCCUCUGUUAUGCGAUGUGGUAAAAAGAAGGUGUGGUUGGAUCCUAAUGAAAUUAAUGAAAUUGCAAAUACAAAUUCCCGGCAAAGUAUUAGGAAGUUGAUUAAGGAUGGUCUCAUCAUUAAGAAACCUGUAGCUGUUCACUCUAGAGCGCGUGUACGCAAAAAUACCGAAGCCAGACGUAAAGGACGUCAUUGUGGUUUUGGUAAAAGAAAAGGUACAGCAAAUGCUCGUACACCAAGAAAGGAUCUUUGGAUUCAAAGAAUGAGAGUUCUUCGUCGAUUGUUGAAAAAAUACCGCGAAACAAAGAAGAUUGAUAGACAUCUGUACCAUUCUUUGUACAUGAAGGCUAAGGGAAACGUGUUCAAGAAUAAGAGAGUUUUAAUGGAAUUCAUUCACAAAAAGAAGGCUGAAAAAGCUAGGGCAGAGAUGCUUUCAGAUCAAGCGGAAGCGCGUCGUACUAAAGUCAGAGAGGCGCGUAAACGUAGAGCAGAGCGUAUUGCUAUGAAAAAACAAGAGUUAUUGCAAUCGUACCAGCGCGAAGACGAAGCAGCUGCAGCGCAGAAGAAGUGAUCUAAGAACCUUACAAAUUAUUGUAUAAAUAAAAUAUAAAAAA